AGAGCGGCGGGAGGAGGGUGGAGAGAGAAACGAGGGGGCGGGGGGAGUAGAGAGGUGGAGGCUCGCGCGCUUGCGCACGCAGCUCCAGGGACCCUAGGUUUUCUAUGGGAUUCCCAAUCUGCAGCCGAGAUUCACCCGAGCGUGUUGCAGCAGCGGCCGCUGGGCUUGCAAGGCGCAAUCCGAGAGGGAUUUAAGCAGCCCGGAGCUCCUAGGAAAGGAGCGAGAGAGAAAGAAACCCACUCACAGAGACGGUUUAGCCGUUAGCCUGAAUUAAAUAUAUAUACAUAUAUAUUGAAAGAACUGUUGAGUUUUCUCAUUUUCCUUAAGUGACGGUGCACAGCGCUAUAACUGCAAAAUGGGGAAACAGAAUAGCAAACUGGCCCCAGAAGUCAUGGAAGACCUGGUGAAGAGCACCGAGUUCAAUGAACAUGAGCUCAAGCAGUGGUACAAGGGGUUCCUCAAGGACUGCCCAAGCGGGAGGCUGAACCUCGAGGAGUUCCAGCAGCUCUAUGUGAAGUUCUUCCCCUAUGGAGAUGCCUCCAAGUUCGCACAGCACGCCUUCCGCACCUUCGACAAGAACGGUGACGGCACCAUCGACUUCCGAGAGUUCAUCUGUGCCCUGUCCAUCACCUCCAGAGGCAGCUUUGAGCAGAAACUGAACUGGGCUUUCAACAUGUACGAUCUGGACGGUGACGGCAAGAUCACCCGGGUGGAGAUGCUGGAGAUUAUCGAGGCUAUCUAUAAGAUGGUGGGCACUGUGAUCAUGAUGAAGAUGAAUGAGGAUGGCCUCACGCCCGAACAGCGAGUGGACAAGAUUUUCAGCAAGAUGGAUAAGAACAAAGAUGACCAGAUUACACUGGAUGAAUUCAAAGAAGCUGCAAAAAGCGACCCUUCCAUUGUCUUACUUCUGCAGUGCGACAUUCAGAAAUGAGCUGAUGUCAAUGCUAUGGACUGCACAGAAGUCUUGAUGUUCCAUUCGGUCUGCAGCUAUACACACACACACACACACACACACACACACACACACACACACACACACACCACAAUUGCUUGGACUACCUAUAAAUGGACUUGCUUCUUGUGUUUGAAACACUUGUGUGCAUGAGAAUGUCAUUUGCUAAUGAAUUUUAAAAGCAUAUAUUAUAAAACCAACCCGACAACCUGCCACAAUGUGAUAUGUGUAAUAUCAUUUCAUUAAAACACAUCUUCCUCCAAAGCCUGGGCAGAAGCGUGCUGCGAAGAAUUCUAUGAUUUCUUGUACAUGUUUUGCUAAUGCUUGUGUCUCCUUGAUUAUAUAAUAUUAGUAGCACUGAGACCCCCACGGUAAUGUAACUUAUUAUGGGCUGCGUCACCAUUCUCCUGUAAAAUAGUACUGGACAGACACACAGGAGGGGCCCUUGGCUCCCUGUCUGGCCCACACACAGCUUGUAUUAUCAGUGAAUAUAAAUGUACUACAUUUGCAUGCCUUUUGGGUUUGCCUUAAUUCUUACCUCAUUUGUAACCUCUCAAUCUGGAAAGAGCUGUUUUGGAUGAAUGCAGUAUACAACUUUAAAAUCCUGCUCAACUAUUCAUUAAGUAUAACUAUCUAUAUAUCUAUAGACACAAAGGUAUUAUUUAUUGAAAGUAAAAACAUAAUAAUGGGAAUGUACUGAUUUCUGUUUGAUGUUUCAAAGGCUUCCAGAAAGGUGGCAAUAGAUGUCCCAAAUAAAUUUCUAAUAUUUAAUUUAGUUCCCUAAUUAUUAAUUUACAAUUUUCAGCUCAAUGUUCAUAAUAGUAGUCAGCUAGCCAUGACUUACUAAAUCUACCCUUAACAUACAUCUCUGGAAUUUUCAGAAUAACUGAAAGGGGGGAAAAAAUCACUUUCCAACUUCUCAUCCAGCCCCUCCCCCAAAGAGGGCUAAUUAAAUAUGGCAUGUAACAUUUAAAGAAAACAGGAGAUUUGCUCAUUCUGGAAAACAAUGCUCAUUAUGUGAUAAUAAACUUUAUCUCAGUGUGA